AUGCCUUUGAGAAUGCCUUCUGUGUUUCAUCUCUUGUUGUUGUGUUUUGUGGGAAGCAAGGCAUUUGAGAUCACUUCACCUACCGAAACUACCAACUGGGAUAUAUCUGCUCCAAUUCAGAUCGAAUGGUCUACCACUUCAACCGACCCAGAAAAAUUUGAUCUUCAAAUCACAAACCGGGAUCCAAAUAUUUAUCCUGAAGGUAUCAUAGAACUUGUAAAGCAAGAUGUCAAUUCUGGUGAUGGGAAGGUGAUGCUUGACUUAUCGGGUAAUAAUCAUCUUAAAUCUGGUACAGGUUAUACCAUCAAUUUCAUCAAAAGCCAAUCCGAUGAGGUCUUGGCACAGUCACACCUUUUCAGUCUCACUAAUGAUCAAUACAACUCGAAGAGCGGUUCAGAUCUCUCUAAUACCAAAAAUGAUAAUCAUCUAGACACCAACAAAACAGUUGAUUUGCAUGACUCUAGUCCCAUGAAUUAUCCUCAUACUGAUGUUUCUAUUCCGGGUUUCAACUCCACUGAUGCAAAAGAUUCGGCUCAUAAUUCUGGUGGAAAGCUCCAAGCUUCAUUUUCAAUCUUGAAAUGGUCAUGGGUACUGAUUGUGUCUCUUUUGAUCAAUGUGCUUGUCAUUUAA